AUUUAAGGUUUAUUUAACAAACUCUAAAUAAUUAGUGCUACAAACAAGAAAAAAAAAAUAAGCAACUUCUAAAGCUCAGCCGACAGUUACAAAAUUUGUAUUUUCAACAUCCAACAUUCAAUUGGAAUACACAAACACUCUUACAUACAAAUAUGAAGAGAAAAAUAAAAACAACAACAUCAACAUUUUAUUGCUACUUUUGUAGUCGUCAUAUUUUAAUUACGUUUGUUGGCAUGACGCUACUAAUUGUGAAUUAUGGUGUAAAUACAGUGCAAAUGUCAGCUGUGCCACAUAGAAAUGGAAAUUGUAACAACAGCAACAACAUCUGUAGCAGUGGUAGUGGCAACAACAUAGUGUCAUCUAUAAACGGCAAUAAUACAGACAACAAAAACAAUAGCUUUGGAAAAUUAUCAUGGAAAAGAAGCGUUGAAAAACUUACAAACUUAAAUAGGAAUACAAACACAAAUUCCCUACAUAUUGCUCUGCCAGCUACGCCAACAGCUUACAAAGACAGCAAAUAUGCUGAAGACGAUUCCAACGAUAAUUAUGCUGACACCAACUACUAUAACCUCCCCAACAUUAGACUAAAAGCCUCAAACAAUAAUAUCAUAAAUCAUACAGAAACUGAUUUAGUGGCUGGACAAUUUGGAAAUUUAAGAAAAUCUCGUAUUUUUGGCUUAUUAGGUUCCAAUUUUUCACUUUCUUACAAUUUAUCAUUGAAUAGCGGCACUUCGACGGGAAAUAUCACUGUGGCUGCUCCUGCUCCAGCUUACUAUUAUGCACCGGCUGCUUAUUAUCCCUAUGGCUAUUAUAAUCCUUAUGGAUAUUACGAUCCAUAUGCAUACAAUCCAUAUGCAUACAAUCCUUAUGCAUACAAUCCAUAUGAUCCUUAUGCUGGUUACGGUUAUUACGGUUAACAACUUGAAAAUGAUUUUAAUUAAUCUUUUGGGCAAAUAUCUUGCAUGUCAUAGCAAAAGUACUAAGUAUUAAGUAAGUACUUAUUAACUUUUAACUUUCAAAAGUGUAAAUGAUCAAGAAUAAAAAUAUACAUACAU